AUGGGGAUGACCGAGGACUUAGCAGUGACCACGACAGUGAACGUAUCGAUAGUCGGGAACAGAACCUUCUUGGACUCGGAGUUCCGCUACACCCUCUUCCCAGUGUUCUACGGUGUUGUGUUCAUCCUUGGGCUGAUAACCAACAGUUACGUGUUGUUCGUGCUGUGGCGCCUGCGCGACACCAAGCCAAUGAACGAGAUCUGCAUCUACAUGGCCAACCUGACUGUGGCCGACCUCCUCUUCGUGUGCGCCCUCCCCUUCUGGAUCGGCUACUACCACCACGGCGGUGUCUGGCUCUACGGCGAAUUCCUGUGCCGUGUCACCGGCGUGUUCUUCUUCAUCAACACCUACUGCUCCGUCCUCUUCCUCACCGCCAUCAGCGUCAACCGCUACUGGGCCGUCACGCGCCCGCUGGACGCCGCCUCGUCCGACCAUUGGUGCCGUGGGGUGGCCGUCACAAUGGUCAUCUGGGUGGUCACUCUGUCCAUGUCGGUGCCGUAUCUCUUGGAGACGGGCAUCCAGGUUGACAAGGACAACAUGUUGCGAUGCUUCGAGGGCUACCACCACGAGACGGACAGCGAGAAGCGGCUUGUGGCCGCAACCCACCUUACCAUUGUGGGAUGCUUCGUCUUGGUCUUCUUCCUCGUCGUAGUGUGUAAUCUGCUCAUCGCCCGGGCGUUACUAGCCCAGUCCCCUACCCAGGCUCGGGGCUCCAGUUCCUCCAAACCCAGGGGGCUGAAAGGCCGGGCCCUGCAGAUGCUGUGUGCUGUGGUGGGGGUAUUCGUGGUGUGCUUCCUCCCCCACCACGUGGUCCAGGGACCCUGGACCCUGGCUGUGCUGGACAUCAAGGAGGGAUGGGGCAGUAUAGACUGGAACAAGAGGACCAGGCAGUGGUUGAACGACGCCCACCAGGUCACCCUGAUGCUGAUGGGGCUCAACUGCCUCUUGGACCCCGUAGUGUACUGCUUCGCCACCAGGAGGUUCCACCUGUACAUCAAGGACCAUCUGAAAAAGAUGGGGAGGGACAAAGGCUGCUCGGAAACAGCCAUCACACACAUGUCUAUGGUGCAGUGCAAGAAUGUGAGCCAGCAGCACAAUAGAGAACAGUAGCAGCUCAAUAAUUAAAGUCCUACAAUGUAAUGGAAAACUGUAAUUUAUACGGUAAGUUUGGGUAUUAUCAACAGUAAAAUACUCUAACCGUUUUACUGCAGCAUAGUGUAAAUUGUUGUGGGCGGGGAAAUAAUUGCUUUAUUUUGAAUGGUACUGUAAUUCCACCCCACAGAAUACAGUACUGUACCGUGUCUUUGGAGCGCCAAAAACCUUUUGACCAGUUGUGGUGCAUGGUAUUGUUGUUUCUGGCUCAUUAACAUAUUUUGAGGCAUGCCUUGUAAGAAGCUAUAUUUGUUGCACCCAUGAGUGAAAAUGCUGUACCAAUUUAACUCCUAUGUUCUAGGAGACAGAUUGUAUAGGGGACAGAUUUUAGUGGCAGCAAGUCUUAAACCUUAAAUGGUUGAGCAUUUUGCCAUGUCCUUUUGGUCUGUAGCCCUGUAGUCGCUGCCAGUUUGGAAAACUUUGUUAAGGCCUCUAGAAGUGCAAGUGAUAUAAAACACCAAAUAUGCAUUAAUAUACUGUAAUGUGUAAACAAUUUACCUAGCAGCCACCCUCACUGGGUUGUUUACAACCGGAUGCAUCUGGUCUUCAGGGGAAAUGGAAAGAGAGCCUGUGACGCUCAAGAGACUUCCGCUUUUGGACGUUAACAAGGCGACACUCCCAUCGUAACUCCUCCUCCACAUUUACUAGAUUGGUUGAACAGCGCAGAAGAUAACCUCCCCCAACAGUUUUUUUUCUUCUUGUCAGCUACGUUAGGUUACCUAGCAGCCAACCCGCUUGCACUAAUCCCUUAUCAUUACAGUAAAAUACUGUGAAAUACAAACUCCUCCCCUCAAUGAAUUUCAUUCAUCCAUUAAUUCCUAUUACGGUAGCAUCUUUUUUUUAAACGGUAUAAUACAGUACAUUUUACGGUAUUGUACUGUGUGUCAUUACACAGUACUUGCUUUGGUACCAUAUUUAUAUUACAGUAGGUGUACUGUAAUAUGAAAUACAAAAUUGUACUUGCCACUGAGCUGCCUGUAAGUUGCUUUCAAAUUCACGGCAACACCUUUAAAGGGGAGCUAACGUUGUAUUGUAGAUAUUCUGGCCAUGCUAAUGCUGACUUUUCUUGGUGACCACAUCCUCAGGAUGCUUUCAAUCAAACCACAAACCCACACCUGAUGAUUUGUAAAGCAACAUGUCACUUAUGUUUUCAGUUAUAUAGUACAUUGUAUCUCACACUGUAUCUUACACUUUAUCCUUGUGACAGACUUGCGACUUCAAUUUCACCACCUCUCUUUCUUCCUGUUCUUUUUCUCUUUGAGUGUAAACAGAGUAGGAAAGCAGAAGUUUCAUAG